AAAGAAGACUGAGCUGUCAAACACCAACAACCGACUGAAAUAUUAUCCCGGGCGGUACAAAAACAAGGUCCUUUGGUCAUUUGUGGAUACAUGAACGACCGACGCAGACUCUGAAUUGAUUGUGAUAUGAAUUCGGACUUUUCGGUCGUCGCGACGAGAAACUUCUUGUUUUGCGUUUGUGUGUGUUUGCAGGAUCCAGGGGCUAAUGUAUGUUAGCGCUUUGCUUAGCUCGAGUUUUGUUGACAAACUAGCCCGUCCGCUAGUCGCGGAGCUAGCCUCGCCAUCAGCCCCGCUGUCUCGGCCUUAACUGGACGUUUUCGUCAAAUGACACCCGGUAAAGCCAUGAAACCGAGCUGGCGCUGUUACUGCAAACACAUCUAUGUAAAAACAGGUCUCCAAGGACUCACCAUAUCUCUGUCAGACAUGUGAAGUCCUUAUCUGUGUGGACUCACCGGUUACAAGCAGUGAUGAUCUGGAUUACUAGGAAACUUCUUGGAUCCAGCCAGGGUUUGUUACGGGGGACACGUUAAGCAAAUUCAAAAACAGAAGUCUAUGUGUCUGAUAUACUUUCUCCCACGACACAAACUGUCCAAAUACUGUUCUGCCGUGAAACUCUCGGCACUGUUAAAACAAACCAGUUCACUUGUCAUGCGGGUACAUUACAGAAAAUCACUUAUAAUACCCUCACUGGUAUCACCAUCUUUCACAUCAUCAUGGACCGGAAUAAACGCAACUCCAUUGCUGGGUUCCCUACACGACCUGAACGCCUCAAUGAGGACAGAGACGAUAUCGGAGGGGUAGGAGCGUGCGAGAUGGGAAUGGGUCCACCUUUGCAGGUGUCCUCUCCGUCAUCCUACAGAGCCCUCAUCAGUGCCUUCUCCUGUCUUACACGCCUUGAUGACUUCUCCCGUGAGUGGAUUGGCUCAGGAUUUUUCUCUGAUGUCUUCAGGGUACGUCAUCGAGCUUCAGACCAAGUUAUGGCUCUGAAGAUGAACAAGCUCAGCAGCAACAGGGCUAACAUGUUGAGAGAGGUCCAGCUAAUGAACCGGCUUAAUCAUCCAAAUAUACUCAGGUUUAAGGGAGUGUGUGUCCAUGAGGGUCAGCUCCAUGCUCUGACAGAGUACAUCAAUGGUGGGAACCUGGAGCAGCUUCUGGACAGCAACAAACACCUGAGUUGGCCAACCAGGGUGAAAUUAGCCUAUGAUAUUGCCAGCGGUCUAGCCUACUUGCACUCCAAAGGCAUAUUCCACCGGGACCUCACCUCCAAGAACUGCCUGAUCAAGACUGAUGAUGGCAUCUACACAGCAGUGGUGGGAGACUUUGGCCUGGCAGAAAAGAUCCCUGCCAAUCUCGCUGAAGGAGAGAAGCUUUCAGUGGUUGGGUCUCCUUUCUGGAUGGCUCCGGAGGUGCUGAGAGAUGAACCCUACAAUGAGAAGGCAGAUGUGUUCUCCUAUGGAAUAAUCCUGUGUGAAAUCAUUGCAAGGAUUCAGGCCGACCCCGACUUCCUUCCUCGCACAGAGAACUUCGGCCUGGACUAUCACACGUUCCAGCACAUGGUUGGAGACUGUCCGCCUGACUUCCUCCAGCUGGCCUUUAACUGUUGCAAUAUGGAUCCUAAACUCCGCCCAUCCUUCUCAGACAUCGUCAGGCACCUGGAGGAGAUUCUCGCACGUCUUAAAGUUGAUGAGAUGGAGCAAGAGUGUGCGCUCACUGGGGACAAUGACAAGAAAACCAUACCCAAAGGUGAGAAGAUCCAGGGGUUCAAGCGAGGGACUCCUCUUGGUUUCCAGAAUGAUAAAAUUCCUCCUAAGUCACCCCGCCCCAGACGAAACAUCUGGCUCAGUCGCAGCCAAUCGGACAUCUUCUCCUGCAAGCCGGGAAGAAAGGUCAACGUUCAGGACCCUUACUACAACCCCCCAACUGCUAAGAGAGCCUCCAAAACCCGCAAGAUCAACCCUUUUACAGCUCGAGAAGACCUGUGUGGUGGGAAGAUCAAGUUUUACGAUGUUCCCAGCAAGUCUGUCUUCUCUCUGGUGUUUGACCUCCACUCACCACCAGGAAGUGUUUUCAGUAACCAGCCGUCUGCUCUCGGACCUGGAGGAUCCCAACAGGAGGCGUCCUACUACUGGCAGCAGCUGCCAGGAAGACAGUGUCACUCCUUACCGGUAUCGCCCCAAUUGCCCCGCUCUGAGAUCUUCCACCUCGCCACUGCUGUUUGCUCCAACAACGGUUCUCUUAACUGUAACUCCAGUCAGCUGUCCGCAACUCUUCCAGGUACUAACUCACGGUCCGAUGCAGGUCAUGGAAAUGACAUCCGACAGAAGGCUCUGCUGAGUGGCUGGGCAAAGAAAUACGUUGUGGUUGAAAUCCCACCUUACUGCGGGCAGAGAGGAGGGGAAGACGAGAGGGAGGACUUGUUUGGGGAGAGCUGGUCUCCGAUGAUACCCAGCAAUGAGAGAGACAGUGGAGAGGCGAUGGACUGCUCGAGCAGCCCGGAGGAGGAGCAGGAAUGGGAACGGGGGACAAAUGCGUGCCCGAUGUAAUGCGCCUUUGUAAAACACGCACACACUCUGAGGUGGUGGAAAAGAAGGCGAGGACGACUCUGACUCCAGCAAAAAAAACCCAAACCGGUUUUAAAUGUAGACUGGACACAUUUCAAAGGGUUUGGAAAAAUACAUGAUAAAAGGAGAAAAAAUCACUUGAUUGUGAUCUUUCAAGUGAAUGUAUCACAUGUUGGAUAAAUCAAGCACACUUGAUUUAGGUAAAUAAUUAUUUUUCAAAGUUCUCACCCAGGUGUGAAAGUCGCCCAUAGCACAAAAAGCUUUUUAUCGACAAAACAGACCGUCUGCAUAGAGAUUAUUUUUCUGAAAAGGUUGUUUAUAUUUAAUAUUGUGAGAUGUAGAUUUUUUUUUUCGCUUUUUCCUCUAGUCAGUGUUUUGUCUAUGAUGAGAGGUACUGAAGAGCCAUUGUGUUGUUUUGAGUUUUGAUAUUUUGUGUUCAUUGUGAUAAAAAUGCUUAAACUGAAUAAAAAAAAAAAAUUCCACAUUUGAUCAACAAGACUGAAUGCUGAUAUUCAGAUGAGAACCGGCUGAUGUUUAAUCUCAAAUACCCCCCCAACCUCAAACUAGCAGGUGUUUUACACCAAGGGUUUGCCACUGGUUUCUCUGGCAGCUCUCUGUACCAACAGCAAUAGUGAAUUUUUGGAAAAAGGUGUUUUUGCUUUAGAUUUUCUGCAGCUCAUUCCAUCCAAUUAAAAAAAAAAAGACAGCAAUAAAAAAAAAAAAAAUACUGGUGUCAGGUGACUCUUGCAUUAUCUGUGUGAAGUGCUACAGGACCUUUCCUUAGCCUGUGGAAAUGUGGUAGCCACCUGGAGACAAAGGUAGACAUUUCAUGUGAUCAGAGGAGUGUUAAAAUGAGUCAAACUAAAGCCAGUCAGUCAAAACAGAGGAUCUGUAGCCUUUUAUUAAGUUGCUGCUAAAAAUCUAAAAUUUUCAGAUGGUAGAAUUUUUUUCAGAAUACUCCCUUUUGCAUCUCUAUUAACACAAGACGGUAAUAAAAUGCUCCAAAAAGAUUUAAGCCAAAACACAGUUUAUUCACUGUGAUGUGUUCCCACUCUGAACACAUCAGACAACUACACCGUGCAGCUUUUGAACGACAAAGUGACACGUUUUUCCUCUGAUAAAGAAAAAGCCAAGUGUUAAAAGAAGAGCAGUCUGAGGCUGCAUACCUACAAAGGCUGAAAAUCCAUCCACACCCUGCGUGAACCGUCCCUCGAUUCAGGACAUCGGUUUUUGUAAUGAGCUUAAGAAUCUGUCACCAACUCUGUCUACCAAUUUUUUUUUUUCUUAUUCCAAGUUGAUAUGGAUUUGUAAAGAUAUGAUGCAAUGUUUCCUAUUUUGCACCUUCUCUCAGUGGUAAUAAAGCCUUCCCAAAAUUCCUGGAUAUGGACUUGGAUUAACUCCAAAAGUGAAUCACUUCUAAGUUUGGCCAAAUGCCAGCUCUGAUUUAAAACAAAAAAACAAAACAGACAAAAAAUAAAUAAAAACAGUCCAUAAGCUUUUACUAACAGAUGCACCAAAACCAAUCACACAUCCUGCUGUGUGAAGUAACACCGCUCUGCCCAGUUCACUUCUCUGAGCAGUAUUGCAGGAUUAGGCUGCUGAAGCCUUGUUUAGCCUACGUUAUGGUUGCUGAUUUUAGCAAAUGUUGGUAAACUUUAUAAAAAUCAGUCAGACUUAUCAAUUAUACAUACAGUGUUAUCAAAGAGUCCUUUUUGCAUUAUCAGAAACUUUGCCACAAAUAAAUGCAUUUAUUAUUUGGGAUCAUUUUAAAUAAUUACAGCGUGCAUUACAGAUUCUUCUUCUUGAAGCUGCUAACAUUUGGUUCAGUUUGUUUCAUGAACUGUGAGAUCCCGUGACUUGUACUUUACACUCCACAGUGUCUGAAAUGGGUCAGUUGUCUUUAGUUUUUCCAUGUCCAUUUUCAUUUUAAUGAGUAUUAAAAUCAUUGUAAAUGUCUCUCCGAACAAUUUUCAGUGUACAAACUAAAUGGCUCAUAAAGUUAGAUUCAUAGUGUUGAACAUCAGCCAUGUUUGCGUUAGCUCCCGCAUUUUUUCCUUUAUGGCUUUUGUCUCAUUUUGCUCUCUGAUCCCUUUAAGAGGAACUAAAAUGCACAUGUAGAGUUAAUAAUACAGUCCUGUCUCAUCACUACUCCUCUAUGCAACUUUUAUCACACUUUUACAGGAUAAAGGAUCUAAUUUGAUAUUUAUAUAUAAAAAAAAGUCUAAUGUCUUACCUUUGUAUAUUUGUGUAAAAUGUUUGUGGUACCUGCCUUGUUGAAUAAUAUGUUUUUUU